UUCUCCUCACCAGCCUGACAAAUCUGAUUCAGUGACGUCGGUUUCCUGCGACGAGACGAGUCACCAAAACAAAGCGUGUGGUGGGCUGCAAGGCUGCAACAGUGUAACUCUGCUAAAAUAGCUGGCUUCAUAAGAUGAUAAAAUGCCAAUUUGCUGGCUUAUCAGCGAGGAGGGCAACCAUAAACCCAUUCGACUGCCUCACUUACAGACAGUUGUUCUGGGUCGAGGUCCAGAGACGACUAUUAAAGACAAAAAAUGCUCUCGGCAGCAAGUUGAAUUAAAAGCAGAAUGCAACAAAGGUUAUGUCAAAGUUAAACAGCUGGGCGUGAACCCGACCUCCAUAGACUCUGUGGUGGUGGGUAAGGACAGUGAGGUGAAAAUGAAGCCCGGACAGCAGCUUCAUAUUGUCAAUCAGCUCUACCCAUACACUGUACAGUUCAAGGAGGAUCCCACCGGGCACCACAGCGGCACCAAAAGACCCAGAGAGCUGGCUUCAGAGGACAAAGAGAGCUGCAGAGAGGCUUCAAGCAUGAAAACAGCCAAACAGACAGACAAGGUCUCUGUGUCAGUCAGCCAUGAAGAAGCCACAAAAAACAGUGAAGGUUUUGGACAUUGGAGCAAAGGUCUGAAGACCUCAAUGCAAGACCCAAAGAUGCAGGUGUACAAGGAUGAUAAAGUAGUGGUAAUCAAAGAUAAAUACCCCAAAGCUCGCUACCACUGGCUGGUCCUCCCAUGGCAGACCAUUUCCAGCUUAAAGGCCUUACGUGGGGAGCACUGUGACCUGGUGAAACACAUGCAGAAAGUUGCUGACCAGAUGGUUCAGCAGUGCCCAGAUGCUAGCUUGCUACGUUUCCGCACAGGGUACCAUGCCAUUCCAAGUAUGAGUCAUGUACACCUCCAUGUGAUCAGCCAAGACUUCGACUCUCCUUGUUUAAAGAACAAAAAGCACUGGAACUCAUUCACAACUGACUAUUUCAUGGAGUCUCACAGUGUCAUUCAGAUGCUUGAAACAAAUGGAAGGGUCACCGUCAAAGAAGGAACCAGCGAAUUGUUGAAACUACCUCUCUGCUGUCACAUGUGUCACAAAGAGCUUUCUACUAUACCAGCUCUAAAGGAACACCUGAAGUCUCACUUUCCCAGCUAAGAAAGUGACCUCAAAGUGAAUACAUGCUUCAGAUGUGUAUGGGUUCAAUAUAGGACUGUAGUGUGUUGGGCAUUUCCGCCCCUGUUAAUUCUGAUUUAUGGUUUUAUAAAAAAUGUCAUUGUGUGACCGAAACACAAUGUUGUAACUAUAGUUAUUUAUCAGUAGGUUUAAGAAGAGGGUCACUGUGAAGAUGCAUGUGACUUAGGUUGGAUUUCAUCAGUUUUGUUUGCCAUAUCUCCAGAUUGGGAAAUUGUAAUAUUGCAUCUGUUGUUCCCACAUUUUCAAACAUGUUAAAAUAGGUUGUAUUAAAUGUUUUCUAAGAACUUAA